AUGGCGUACCAUUCUGCAAAGAAACUUGACGAUCUCCGCUUCAAAGAUGACGGCCUUUCCACUCUCACUUCGGAAGAGCAAGAGAAAGUCGAACAGCUUGUGGGAAGAAAUUACACUGCGUACUUUCGUGUCAAAAAUCUAGACCCGGAAGUGCCACUGUUCCGCCAGAAACACGUUCACUACCUCAAACGAGGUCUGCAUCAUCUGUCUGAAGCUUAUGAAUGUUUGGACGCCAGCCGACCUUGGCUUUGUUACUGGAUCUUACACGGACUGGAACUACUCAAUGAAUCAAUAAGUCCUGAAGAAAUCUCUCGAACUGCUGAUUUUUUGAGACGCUGUCAAUAUCCUUCUGGGGGCUUUUCAGGGGGGCCGCAACAAGUUCCUCAUCUUGCUCCCACAUAUGCAGCUGUUUGCGCGCUCUGCAUCCUGGGGACGAAGGAGGCCUAUGACAUCAUCGACCGACCUAAGCUGAAGUCUUUCUUGCUGAGUCGCCGUACAGCUGAAGGCGCAUUUACAAUGCAUCGCGAUGGUGAGGUGGAUAUCAGAGGUGCAUACUGCGCUGUAGUUGCGGCGUAUCUUACAAAUAUCGUCACCCCAGAUUUGUUUGAGGGGACAGCGGAGUGGAUCACCAAAUGCCAGAGUUAUGAAGGUGGAUUUUCAGGAGAACCUGGUUUAGAAGCCCAUGGGGGAUAUACCUUCUGUGGAUAUGCCGCACUGGUUUUGUUGGGUAAACAGGAUUUAAUUGAUAACAAGCGUCUACUUCAUUGGGUGGCGAGUCGGCAGAUGCGUCUGGAGGGUGGUUUCCAAGGGAGAACCAAUAAACUGGUAGAUGGCUGCUAUUCUUUCUGGCAAGGUGGAAUAUUUCCUUUGCUUCAUACUGUUCUUGGUGCUACUACAGAUGGAAACUCACUGAGUAAUGAGAAAUGGAUGUUUGAUCAAGUUGCCCUUCAAGAUUAUUUGUUGAUGAACUGUCAGCUUCAUCACGGAGGACUUGUUGACAAACCUGGAAAAUCACGUGACUUCUAUCACACAUGCUACUGUCUCAGUGGUUUGUCUGUGGCUCAACACUUUGUCAACAAGAAUCAAAGCAAUCUAACGAUAGUAGGAGGACAAGAGAAUCAUCUGGCUCCCAUUCACCCAGUAUUUAACAUCGGUGUGCAUUGUGCAUCCCAGGCUUUGGCAUACUUCAGGAAACAGCCACUUCUGUGA